AGGCGGAAAAGUUGAUCGAGCAAAAGUUGAACCCGCAGAUGAUUAUCGCCGGGUGGAGAGCUGCCACGAAGGCGACACGUUCGACGCUGAUUACCGCGGCUCAGGACAAUUCGAAGGAGGUGGAAAAGUUCCGAGAGGAUUUAAUGAACAUUGCCUGGAUGACGCUCAGGUCGAAGACUCUGUCUCAGCAAAACUACUUUGCCAAGCUGGCCGUCGAUGCCGUGAUGCGGUUGAAGUGAUCCGGGAAAUUGAGAUCAAGGUUUUUGGAUCGAGCAUCAAGAUGGACUCGAUGGCGAAGAUUGCCGAGCAGGAGGUC